AUGGCCGGAAAGGAUGCUAAGAAAGCCGCCCCUAAGGGUACCAAGCAGGCCAACGCUGCCGCCAAGGCCGCUCUCAAGGGCUCCAACUCGCAGAAGUCUCGGAAGAUCCGCCUGACUACCUCGUUCCACCGCCCCAAGACUCUGGUUACGGCCCGUAACCCCAAGUUCCCCCGCAAGUCGAUCCCUCACCUGCCUCGUCUCGAUGAGCACAAGAUCGUCGUCCACCCUCUCAACACCGAGAGUGCCAUGAAGAAAAUGGAGGAGCACAACACUCUCGUGUUCAUCGUCGACAUCAAGUCCAACAAGGCCCAGAUCAAGCAGGCUCUCAAGAAGCUCUACGAUAUCGACACCCUUAAGAUCAACACUCUCAUUCGCCCUGACGGUACCAAGAAGGCCUACGCCCGCCUCACUCCCGAUGUCGACGCCCUCGACAUUGCCGCCAACAAACUGUCCCUGGUCUAA